AAGAUCAAGUAGACAAAGAGGUUGCACAGCAUAUAAUUAAGCUUAUUUCGAAGGCUGAUAAGUUUCCUUGGGUAUAUCACAAAUGUAAUAGAUUGAAAAAUUCAAUUUCAUUCACUUAUUAUUGUAAUUGUCACGUGGAAUUAAAAAAUAAAAAAGCACGAGUUGAUGAUAUUUCUAAUAGACGAGAUACGAUGUCACGAAUUGACCGAUAUGAAUGCAACGGAACUAUUCAAAUUAACAUUGAACAUGCUUAUAAUUUGGCGAUAGAUCAAAUAUUAAAUGAAAAAGACAAAGUUUUUUGUAAGAAAAAUUUUCGUGAGAAAAUUCUUCAGCUUGUUCGAAUACAUUUUUCAUGGCAUCCAAUCAUACCUAUAGAACGCCCGCCAAACUUUUUAAGUAUGAAUCAAAUUUGGAUUGAAAGCGUUAAAGAACAAUACAACUAUUGUUAUCAAAAUGAUCUCAAACAUGUUUGGGUCUAUUUAUGGUCUGAAUGGUACCAUCCUGACAAAUGGAAAUUAUGGGCUCGUGCAUCAAGCUCAGAGCUUAAUAUUUUACGAAGUAAAAUGACUAUAGAAAAAUUCUAUCCUUUAUUGAAAAUCAAGGAAGAGAAUGCCUUUGCCGAUUUGCCAGAAAAUCUUCAUCUCGCAUUUGAAAAUUUAAAUUAUAAUUAUUAUACCAAUGAAGCAACUGCCCAUAAUGAUGACCCACAAGUUGACAUUGAUAAUCAAGAAAAAUCUGUAGCAACUGCCUAUAAUAAUGACCCCCAAGUUGACGUUGAUGUGGUUUCAAGUAAUAAUCAGGAAAUGAAUAUUAGCAACCAAGAUGCAAUCUUGUACCAAACCC